AUGACAUCCUUCACCUUCUCAACAUGGCAGGAGCACCCCCACCCCACUACAGAGAAAGGUUUUGGUUUUCUUCAAUUUUUUUGUCUAAGAUAUCUUCAGAUUGGUUGUUGUGAGAAUCUAGAGUCGUUUCCUCAUGAGCAUUUGCAAAGUCUCACAUCUUUGGAAGAACUGUUUAUGAAAGAUUGUCCAAGUUUGGAUUACUCAUUUCCUUGUGGGUUGUGGCCUCCUAAUUUAAGUACCCUAUCUAUAGGUCGCCUAAAUAAACCCAUGUCAGAGUGGGGCCAUCAGAAUUUUCCAACCUCAUUGGUUAAACUAAACUUAUCCGGCCAAAAUUCAGGAGUGGUUUCAUUUGCAGUUGCACAAUAUAUGAGGAAUGCCGUUGCUCCAUCAUCUUUUCUUCUUCCACCAUAUUUAGUUUCUCUAGAACUUGAAGGUUUUAUGGAUGUAGAAUCACUAUCGGAGGUCUUACAACAGCUACCAUGUCUUAAGUGGGGCCAUCAGAAUUUUCCAACCUCAUUGGUUAAACUAAACUUAUCUGGCCAAAAUUCAGGAGUGGUUUCAUUUGCAGUUGCACAAUAUAUGAGGAAUGCCGUUGCUCCAUCAUCUUUUCUUCUUCCACCAUCUUUAGUUUCUCUAGAACUUGAAGGUUUUAUGGAUGUAGAAUCACUAUCGGAGGUCUUACAACAGCUACCAUGUCUUAAACAUCUUGUUACUUCAUCAUGCCCGAAGCUUAAAGAUCUGCCUAGACAACUUCCGCCCCAUAAAGAUGUGAUAGUAAGAGAGGUAUUCUGA